AUGAGUUCUAUUUUCAAAGCCGUCUAUGAAAAUAAUGUAGAAUCCAUCAAACAGUUCAUUAGGGACGCCGAUCGCACAGCACCAUCGCUCAGCAGAGAUUCCCAGAAUGGAGCACAAGGAAGCCGGAGAAAGCAAAUCGGCUCAAUGACCAAUAUCAACAAGCGCUCCAUUCUUGGAAGAACCGCACUACACCUUGCAGCACACUGGAAUAGAGUGGAAAUUGUACAAUUAUUAGUCGACUGUAUACACGUGAACGUCAACUUACGAGAUAGAGAGAGUGGUUGGACAGCUCUACACCGAGCUCUAUAUGCAGGUCAUAUCGAAUCAGCACUCAUCAUUUUGGCACGAGAAGACACUGACCUGUCUGUAAAAGAUUUCGAAGGCAAUACGGCUCUAGAUCUGUACAAUUCCACCAUAGAUGAUACAAACCCGUCAGCUAGAGUUAUACUACCCGAUAUGACGCAUAAAAGCGAUGGAGAUCUUUACUCUUUCUCAAAAUCCGGCAUCUUAGACUCUGACGAACCCAACGGCUUAGCAGGAGGCACCGAGGUUUUCACUUGGGGAUACAAUACCAAUUAUGUCUUGGGACAGAGAGAUUCUGAUAAUCGUUCUCGACCAGAUAGAGUUCAUCUCAACUUGGUUUCCCAGCAGCUCCCCCAGGUACUCAAGCGGCCAGAGUACGUCAUUACAUCCGUUACCAUGUCGAAAUUUCACUCGGCUAUAAUCACAAGCGAACCAGACCAAAAUUUGUUGAUAUGUGGAUUCGGCGGAGCCAGACUCGGUCUAGGCAAUGAAGAUACGCAAUUCUUGUUCAAGCCCGUGGCCAGUAUCCAUGGUCAUGUAGCGAUCGUUGCACUUGGACGAGAUCAUACAAUCGUUGUCACAUCGACUGGCGAGACGUACUCAUUUGGAAACAACUUAAAUGGACAACUUGGUUAUGAGACUGAAAAGCUCCGGGAGCAAAGAGUACCACAAUUUACGCCUCGCAAAAUCGUAGCGCCAAGCAUCAAAAAAGAACGGAUUAUCGGUGCCGCUGCUUCAUCGGUUCAUUCGGCUGUAUACACCGACACUGAUCUUUACACAUUUGGAUUGAAUCAAGGCCAACUUGGGUAUUACGCCACGAGCGGGGAGUGCGAUCAGGUUCUUCCCAGGAAAGUUUCAUUCCUUCCAUCCGGUGCACGAAUCAUUCAAGCAGCUUGUAUUGACACCGCAACCAUGGUGCUCACGUCGUCGCACGAUGUUUUCAUAUUGUUUGGCCAUGGCCACCAAAAAGUCAUUUUCCCUAUGCAACGGUUUCCACCAGACUUUAUUUCAUACACUGCGGCGCCCAAUUAUAUCACCAGGAUCAUGGCUGGAGGUGACGACUUCAUGGGUGCUAUGUCGAAUAUGGGAGAUUUAUUUAUAUGGUCUCUGCCCUCUAAGAAAGGCCCCACAAGUGGAAAGAAGCCGCGAACUAGUUCUUUAACCCCUACCGCCGAGCCUCAGCGCUCCCGAUCUCCAAUUUUACCACGGCGUAUUUGGGCGCUCAGAAAGUCACAUUUGACUUUGUCUGAUGCUAGUAUUGGCCAAGACGGCUCCGUCAUUGUUUGCACAACCUCCGGGCAUGUGUUUGUGGGAACUCCAAGAAAAAUACCCAAGAAGAACAAGAACUUGGUGGAAAAGAAGCUGUACAAGUUUAUCAAGAUACCAUAUAUGCAACGAUGUAUCAUGGUAGCAGCAAGUCCCUCUGGGGCAUACGCAGCAUUAAGAGCUGAGAGAUUGUUAAAGAAAGUUCCGGUUCCUGAAUCGACUCUGGCAAAUGAUCUUGUUAUGAGCUUACCGCAUGUCAAAAAUGCAUAUCACCUGCAGCAGGCUAGGGAUGCAGAGGCUCUUGCUAAAAAGGUUUUACAAGAAGUGAGAUCCAAGGUACCGUUUUUAACCGAAACGGAGCAAAUCGACGAAGAUCAAGAAGCAAGUAACGCAUUCAUUUCACCAUCAUUGGAAUGGAACAAGUAUAGCAAAAUGACAGAUACGGAUUAUACCAUCGAUGCAGUCAUGCGUGUUGGUGAUGUUUGUUAUUACUGUCAUCAAAUAUUACUUGCUGCCCGAAGCACAGUAUUAAGGGAAAUCCUUUCUAGCGAAAAAUUCUCCACGAAGGAAAAGAUAGAACUACAUCACAGGAGCGGACGCAUUGUGACAAUGAAACUCGUCAAUGGAUUUAAUCACCAUGAGUUGCUAGAGAUUACCAUAUCAGACAUUCGUAUGGAGACAAUAUGGUUCUUUUUGGAUUUCAUCUACUCUGAUCGAUACGACCACCCUAUGAACGCAUUUUAUGGAAAGGCACAACAUUAUACUGGUAGCUUAAAGGUCAUAACCGAGCUGCAAACUCAUAUUAAGCCUGAGACUUUGCAAAGAGAGCUUCUAGUUUUGUCGGAAGUUUUCCAACUCUCUACUCUUCAAAAUUCAAUUGCUUCAUCCUUCAAUUCUCAACCACGGCAAUCACUUGCGUUUCAAAUCGGUAACGUUCACACUGAUGAAAAAUCCUUCUCCUUCUUAUGUGACGUCAAUCUGCAACUGGAAGAUGGAGAGCUCCUCUGUCAUGAGUUAGUACUUCGCCAGCGAUCACCAUUCUUUGCUGCACUUUUCAGUCCAGCUAGCGUCUGGACAUACAGCCGCCGACAAGACAGCCGUACUUUAAUUCCGGUGGAUAUGAAGAACAUCAGCGAAAAGACAAUGAAAGUUGUUUUAUCAUAUGUCUAUUGUGACAAUCGGAUAACAUUAUUCCACGAUAUCCAAGAAUCCCCGGAAGUGAUUUUUGAUUUAAUCAGCAAAGUAUUAGAAGCUGCCGAUGAACUCAUGUUAGACGACCUCAAGGUUGUUUGCGAAUCAGCAUUACUACAUCUCGUUACUCCACGAAACAUUUUAAAGGCAUUGGAGAUAUCGGAUGACUACAGAGCAGAGCAUGUCAAGCAAGCCUGCAUUGACUUUUUGGCACAUAAUAUGGACUUUUAUCUAGAAACAGGGUCAUUGAUUGAUCUCAAAGCUUCCUUAAUAUGUGACAUUCAGCGUGAUGUCCACAAACUACAAUCGAAUAAGGCAUUUUUAUCUAGAAGAGAACUGGAUACCAAUUGGAAUGAGGAUGGCCAUGCGGACGACCCAGAGCUUAACGCUAAAGUGCAAAUGGAUUACAGUGAGGAGUCCAUUUGGCCAGCAUGCGAAGAAACAUAUUGUACCAUCUACCCUGAAAAAUCAACAAGUAGCGGUACUGUUAACCUUGAUAGUGGCGUUGAUGACGACCUGAUGUUUCAGCAAGAUGAAGACAUAAUCAAGCAACCAGAAAGCAAUGUUCCAUCCACACUUGGAAGAUCAACCAAACUUACGGAUGUUCUCUACGAUACACCAGACAACGAGUACGAUAAUAGCCACUUUCCUGCGCUUGGAAAUUCUUUCGAAGGGCGUAGCAUGACGAAGGCUGCGAGUAUACCAGUUCCAAAACGAGGAUGGAGCAUUCAAAUGCAAGAUUCCUCGCCAAAGAAAAACAUUAGAGAAAUGCUUGAGCGACAAGAAGAGUCUCCUUCAGCAAUUAACAAGUUGUCUCCAACGCGACCGUUCAUCAUACCCAAGAAACUUUCUCAGAAAGAGAGACGUAAACUUCAGCAACAAGAAGCUGCUAUCAGUGCAGAGUCGACCAACGCCCCCAAGUCGGUUUGGGGAAAGCCUAUACAACCAGGACAGGCAGUAACAAUGACGCCAUCACCGCCAGUUGGUAUACCCCUAUCUACCCCACCGACACCGAAGUCUCGAAAAGUAUCUAUUGCUGAUAUUAUGGACGAAGAAAAGGCUCAGAAAAACAAGGGCAAGCAAUUAGCCAAAGGCUUGUUCGAAGACUUAGAUUCCAAGAAAUUUUUCGUUUCACGGGAGGCGGCUGAACAAAGUAUUAAAGCAACAGAGUCAAUUGACCCAAGAGAAAGCACUUCAAGUACCUUAGCCAAUCCACCCAUUCGCAUAGCAUCCAGUACCUACAAACCCACACUGAUUUCGAAAAGAAAAACCACCAAAGAUUUGGAUCACGGGCAAGGAUCCAGUGGAGCAACGCAAGAGUCUGUCAACUCAUUUGCUGACAUUCAAAGCCAACAACUGAAGGAGAAAAUGAUUCGAGGACAGAAAUUUAAGAAGAGCCUUAUUCGUAUUCAGCAGGAAGAGCAAGCUAUAGCUGCUCUAAUGGAGUUUUAUACUCAAACCGUAGAAAUAGGAACUGGUGAAUGGUUUAGAAUCACCAGAACAGAAUCGCAGUGA